AUGUCUUCAAAGCACUACUUCCCCUCUUCCUCGGCGACGUCGCUGGUCCCCCGCUACCUGUCAGCGCUCGUUCGUGAGCACCCGCAGCUCGAGCUCAUUCCUUCCCAGCGAGUCGUCUACAAUCCAUCGCACGACCGCUCCUGUGUUGCCGUCAUCUCUGGAGGCGGUUCGGGACACGAGCCUUCGUGGUCUGGCUUCGUCGGAGAUGGCCUCCUCGCCGCCGCGGUGUGCGGAGAUAUCUUCGCGAGUCCCAGCACCAAGCAAGUUCUUGCGGCGGUUGAUGCUGUACCAAGCGACGCGGGCGUCAUCUUGAUGAUCACCAAUUACACCGGCGAUAAGUUGCACUUUGGCCUAGCGGCGGAGCGCGCCAAGGCGGCAGGUACAUGCGGUGGUGGCAGAAUAACCGUUCUACCAUCGACAGACGAUGUCAGCAUUGGAAGGAGUCGGACCAAGGCCGUGGGGAGGCGAGGCAUGCCCGGACAUGUCAUCACAUUAAAAAUCGUGGGAGCCGCGGCAGCCAGCAAGCGCUCCUUUGACGAGUGCGUCGCUAUCGGACUCGCCGUCAACGACCAGCUCGUGUCGAUUGGUUCGUCCCUCGAUCAUUGCCAUGUACCGGGGCGAGAGAACCAUGAGUCGCUGGGCGACGACGCAUGCGCAAUAGGCGCCGGAAUACACAACGAGCCAGCCCAACAAGAGAUUAGCCCCUUUCCUUCGGUGGAGGAUGUGGUAGACCGCUGCCUGCGCCUUCUUUGCGAUCCCGCCGACGCCGAGAGGGCCUUCGUCGACUUCAGCAACGCCGACGAUUCGAUCGUACUGCUCGUCAACAACUACGGCGGACUCUCGAAUCUAGAGCUUGGGGCGCUGACCGACGAGGUCCUGAGGCAGCUCGAGGCAAAGUGGCGCAUUCGCCCCGUAAGGAUAUUGAGAGGGAAGUUCGAGACCUCAUUGAACGCUCCAGGCUUUUCGAUUUCCCUAUGCAACCUCUCGAAAGCUGCAAGGAGCUGUAAUCUCUCAGCACAGGAGCUGCUUGACCUCCUUGAUGCAACCACGAAUGCUCCGGCGUGGCCCAGACAUACCUCAGCCACAACAGCACGACAAGGCCGGAAGAAUGGAGAGCAGAGAAUGCACGUCUCCCAAAGUACCGCCGCUAACAAACGAGCAGUUGAUGCCGGCAGCCUUGACGCACUCAUUAGGGGCAGCUGUACGGCGGCGAUUGCGGCAGAACCCGAUCUCACGCGAUGGGAUAUGGUGAUGGGCGACGGAGACUGCGGCGAGGCGGUCAAGCGAGUGUGCGAGGCCCUCAUCUCGAUUCUCGACAAAGGUGCCGCUCGCGGGGGCUCGCUUUUGAAGCUUCUCUUCGCCGCUUCAGACGCCGAAACCGUCGCCAGGGCUCUCCAGGCGGCGGUUGAGGUUCUGAAGAAGCACACAGCAGCCAGGGAAGGGGACCGUACAGUGAUUGAUGUGCUCUUGCCGUUCGCGGAAGCCUUCUCACAGUCACUUGACUUCCAACGGGCGGUGAACGUGGCCAUGGAGAAGGCAGAGGCAACGAGGUAUCUGAAGCCCAAGUUUGGCCGAGCCACGUAUGUUGGCAAGGAGGAGGAGCUCCCUGAUCCCGGUGCCUGGGCGCUUGCCGUGUUCCUUCGAGGAAUGUGGAACGCCUUGCAAGCCCACCAGGAAUAG